AUGCAAAAAGUCCUUGACGGCCUCGAUAAAACAAGCAUUUAUCGUGAUAAAUGUAUCGAAAAUAUCCUCGUAGAACAAUUAUCGAUAACGAUAUAUCGUCUGCAAGUAUUACGUGAAAUGGUGGAAAUUGUUUUAGCCCUUCCCAUUAGAAAGAGUUGGCUAUCGUACUUAAAAACAUUAGAAAUUCGUUUUCAAUGUUUAUUAUCGGCAUUAUUACCGGAUAAAAUGUCCCCGAAGGUACAUUUUUGUUGCGAAUAUUCCGGCAUUAUUCGUGAUUUCGGCCCACCAGUUCGUUAUUGGUGUAUGAGAUACGAAGGACGACAUUUUUAUUUCAAAAAAAAAGCAUUAAGAACAGGCAAUUUCAAGAACAUAUCAAAAACGUUAGCAACACGUAAUCAGUACAAGCAUUGUUUAUUGUUAAGCAAAUGUAAAUUCUUAAAGUUAUAUAGCGAAACAUCAUGUGUUAAACAAACAAAAUUAAGUAAUUGCGAUGGUGAUGUGAAACAACUUUUAUAUGAAAAAUUUGGCAUUGAAUGUUUAUCAUCAUCAACAAGAAUUCUGGAAUGUCAAGUAUUAAUUCAUAAUCACGUCUCAUAUAAACAGAAUUCUGUUGUGGUGUAUGAUGUCAUUCAAUCACCAAGUUCAAUCACCAUUACCUGA